GUAUUUGUGACUGACCUUGACAGUGGGCUGAAUGGAGAAACUGAAUACUCAAUUUUAUCUGGUAAUGAAAAUGCAGCAUUUCUAAUUGAUUCGGCACGAGGGAUUUUAGCAACUAAUAGAGUCCUAGAUCGUGAAGACACUUCAUCUUACAGGUUGGUUGUACAAGCUGCUGAUAAAGGAAACCCCAGACUUUCUGCUACAAGUAUUGUGAUUAUACAAGUAUUAGAUGUUAAUGACAACGCUCCCGUUGUCCAAUCACUAGGUGAAGUGGAGGUCCCAGAAAAUGUUCUGCCUGGUUUUAUAGUGACUCGGGUGUCAGCAAGUGAUGCAGACUCCAGGCCAGCACUUCAGUUUGGUUUUAUUUAUGACAAUAGUCCUGGAAUUAAAUUUGCCAUCGAUCAACACACUGGUGUAGUCACAGUGGUGGAACCAUUAGAUUUUGAAGAAACUGCUGUGUAUAAGCUGAGAAUCAUAGUUUCAGAUUCUGUACAUCAAACAGAAGCAGACCUCACCAUCCUUGUUUCGGACAUCAAUGAUAACCCACCAGUGUUUACUCAGGAUUCGUAUCAGGUGAGCUUGCCAGAGCUCAUUUCUAUGGAUGCCACUGUUCUGACAGUCUCUGCUGUGGAUAGGGAUUCAGAGCAUAAUGGAAUGAUUUCAUACAGAAUCCUCUCUCCCUCUGAGGGAUUUGCCAUUGAUCAGAAGAAUGGUUCAGUGUUCAUUGCAGGACCAGUGACACAGCUGGAAAAGAUUCCAGUCAUCCAGCUCCUGAUAGAAGCAACAGAUGGUGGCAGUCCCGCUCUGAGCACAGUUACCUCUGUAGAGGUGCAAAUAGAAGACGUAAAUAACUACGCUCCUCAGUUUCCCAGGGUGCUGUACAAUCUCAGUGUGAGUGAGGAUGCCUCAGCUGGAGAGACUGUCCUCACGUUUUCAACCAUCGACUAUGACUGGACGCGUGAAAACACGUAUGUUGAAUACUCUAUUAUUGAUGGCAAUGCUGAGAAUUUAUUCUCUGUGGAAACAAGUAUUAUGGAGUCAGAAACAUCCUACAAGCUUGUUGGCAGUCUUGUUGUGAGCAAUGUUCUCGACAGGGAAACAGCUGCUUCUCACCGUUUGGUCCUCCUUGCCUCUGAUCGUGGAACACCUUCCUUGAAUUCCACUGCUACUGUGCUCAUAACCAUACGGGAUGUUAAUGAUAAUCCUCCAGUAUUUAGCAGCCCGGACUACCAUAUUCAUGUCAAAGAAAGCACCCCCAUAGGAAGUCACAUCACUGAAGUUGUAGCGAAUGACUGCGAUGCAGGCAGUAACGCAGAGAUCACUUACACUAUCAUCUGUGGAAAUGACGGGGGACAUUUUCGCCUGGAUGGGGAAACAGGAUCAGUGGAUUUGAUGAAAACUCUGGAUUAUGAGGAUACCAUGAAAUUCACUUUGAUCAUCCAAGCCACAGAUGGAGGAGUGGAUGUAAAAAAUGUGGCUUUUUCUGUUGUUCAUGUUAGUGUCCUAGAUGACAAUGAUUAUGCCCCGCUGUUUUUGUUUCCCAGCCUGAGCUGCACUGUCAGUGAAAAUCUGCCUACGUUUUCUUUUGUGUGUGCUGUUAAUGCACUGGAUUUUGAUAAAGGCUCCUAUGGCCAUCUUACUUACUCCAUCCAGUCUUCGUGUUUGGCUCAUCGUGAAGCUCCUAGAGACCAUGACAUGUUUUUCAUUGAUCCUUUGACAGGAGAUAUUCAUACAAAGCAAAUGUUUGACUAUGAAAGUCAGAGUAGGUAUUGUCUCAUAAUCCAAGCAAAAGACAAAGGUGACUCACUGGCCACUGUUACAGUUCAGGUGGAUAUUGAGGGGAAGGAUGAAUUUGACCCAGUAUUUACACAAGAUCGGUAUUUCUUUAAUCUCCCUGAGAAGAAUGAAGCAGGCCAGUUACUUGGCAGAGUUACAGCAUCAGACAGCGAUGGUGGACUGGAUGGAGUUGUUCAUUACUCCCUGCUAAAAACUUCUCCAUUCUUUUCUGUGAAUCCGACCACUGGUAGUAUUCAUUUGACUCAGACUGUUCACAGAAAAAAAAAUGGCAGCAAAAGGAAUGAUGACACCCUGGAACUGCUGGUAAGAGCUCAUAGCCCCAAAAUUGAGUCAAAGUUCAGAGUAUGCACCGUUCUGGUGAAUGUUUCCAAUUCUCCUGAGAGUUCUCCUAUGCUCCAGGCGUACAGCCUGACCAUUAACGUUUCAGUCUCCUUUAUAGUGUUCCUACUGCUUGCAGUUAUCCUUAUUGUACUUAUUCUGAGGCGUAAGCGGAAAGAUCUGAUGAACUCUGGCGUGAAAAAAGAAGCAGUAUCCUCCUUAGCUGCUGAUGUGAAUUCAGCCGGCGAAGAUAAGGACUGCCAGAAAAUCCAGAGUACUGAGAGCAGCAUGCUUCCCAUGGGGGCUAUAGCAGAAUGGCUGAGCUUGGCAGGAGUCGCAGAGGGGAAGGAUGAUGGUGUCCCCUGCAGGCAUUCAGACUCCAGUGGCCACAGUUCUGCUGAAGGAGAAACUGCAGAGGACGAGGAAAUCAAAAGGAUCAAUGAGCAUCCUUGCAGAAUGAGUGCCAGCUCAGUGCUGAAUGAGUGUGGCUCACGGGUGCCAGAUUCAGGGAUCCCAAGAGAGUCUGAUCAGCUCUCCUGUCAGUCUGGAGAAAUGGAUGUCAUGGCCACCAUGCAAAACAUUAAAGGAGAAGGCAGAGAAGAAGCCUGUGAGACAGCCUGUGCGCGUAACAAAAUGUUGUCUCAAACACUUAAGAAAAUCAGAAUAAAAGAAACAGACAUAAUGACAGACCUCACAAGAGAAUAUGAUUUGAUGUCAGAUGGGCAGGACUCUGGGUAUGACUCGCUUGCAACUCUUGGCACCUCUGGUGAGGAUCUCAGAGGUGGUUAUAACUGGGACUGUGUGCUCAGCUGGGAACCCGGAUUUCAGCCCCUUGCCUCAGUGUUUAAUGAUAUUGCAAAACUGAAAGAUGAAAAUGUACAUGUUUGCAGCUUCCCUAGGGAGAAGAGAUCUCUUGUUUUCCCUCCUCCCUUGAUAACAUCAGUAGCUCAACCUGGCAUAAGGACAGUGCCACCACGAAUGCCAAAUAUAAUAUCAGGGCAAGCAUUUAAAAAAUACCCUCAUUCUCCCCUUAUCCAUGAUCCUGGAUACCUGCCACCAACCAUGACCCCCAGUUUUUCUCCUUCUCUCUCUUUACUUACCACGCAGACGCCUACUGCUUCUCCAGUAAUGACUGAUGGGAGAACAAUAGGAAGGUGUCUUAUUGAUCCAAGCCAUGAACUCGCAACAGAUGAUGAAAUUCAGGUCUAG